AUGGCAGAGCAGAAGAGCAGGGACAAGUAUGGGUCCCUGACGGGCGAGAGCGUGCUGAAGCAGCGCUCGACGAUGCGACAAAACAGCGAGGAGGUGAUGCGGCGACGCGCCGAGCUCAUGGCGGAGAUGGCGGGGCCAGGCCCUGCGCUGAGCGCGAACGGUGACGCGGGAGGAGCUGCGCGUGGGGGCGCUCAGCUGAAGGACCUGUGCCCGGACGACAAGGCGAAGAUAUCCCGUCUGAUCAAGCAGGUCGCCGAGCUCACCAACACCACGCGCAACCUGGAGACCCGACUCAGCGUUCAGGAGAAGGAGCACCGCUCGGUCGUCAAGGUCCUCCAGGACCGCAACAAGGAGAUGGCCCAGAUGCACGCCGUCCUCAAGGCCAAGCUCUCACAAACGCACGCGCUGGCGAAACAGUACCAGGCGCUCGCGCAGGCGCGCGGCGCGCCGAACAAGGACGCCGCCACCCUCACCGCGGACGCCCCCACCGCCGCGGACGCCCUCCCCGAGCUGCCCCCCGAGCCCGCCACGGACACCCCCGCUGACACCCCCCCAACGACUGACGUGGCACAAACCACGGAAGGCGCGGAACCGGCCGCCGCGGACGUCCUCGCCGCAGAGGCGGAAGCCGAUCGCGAGCGUCGCGAGCUCGCCGACCGCCUCGAGCGCGCAGAGCAGCGCCUGCGUGAGCUCGAAGAGAGGAGUGUCGCCGCGACGCCCGCCGCCACGCCGGCCGUUACGCCGGCCGUCACGCCCGGGCCAAGCGCCCCCGAGGCCGGGGGAUCGUCCACGCCGCCGCGCACGUCGGUCACAGCCGCCACGCGCACGUCGCCGAGCCUGCCGCAGCUGACGCUGCCUGCGCCAGAGGCUGGCGCCGGCGGGCCCGCGACGUUCGGCGCGUCGUCGGUGCUCCUGCAUCGGCUCAACUCCGGCAACGACGCGGAGCGCCACGCGGCCGGCGCCGCGGACGCCCCGCAGUCGCCGUACCUGGCGUUCCCCCGGGGGAGUGGCGAGGUCGCACUCCCCCCCCGGCCGUCCGCGAGCCCGACCAAGCACGGCGAGGUGCCGCGCGCACGCCCGGAGUCGCCGUGGCGGCGCGCCCCGGGCCACAACUGGGGUCCGCUCGAUCCAACAGAGAUUGCAAGCCUGGGACAUCUCAUCGACGAAGUGGAGCUGCUUGACUCGGGGGGCGAGGAGGAGGACGAGCACGCCGUGCCGCGGACGCCGGUGCACCGCGUGCGGGACCGGAGGCCCGCGGGGGACCCUGGGAGUCCCCUGGAGGAGUUGGGGGGGGCGUGGCCGCACCGCAGUGCUCGGUCCGGGCGCCGGAGGAUACGCAAGAUGGACUUGCCGGAAGGGUCCAUCGCGGAUGAGGAGACAAGCGCGCCGGCUGUUGACUCCGCGGCGUUCGCGGCGCAGCAGCUCGCGGCGCAGGUGCUGGCCGCGCAGCUGGUGGGCGGGGGGGACCGCCGCGGCACUGCACGGCAGCGGGAGGCGCACGGCGCGAGCGGUGGCCACAAAGGCAGGCGGGACCCGAGGGGUGGGCUGCUCCUCCGCGGCUGA